UCCAGACAAAAUGGCGGAUGUUGUUGUUUUGCCGCAGGGUCAGUGCUAAUCGGAGUUCGCCUUUUCACCGAUUUACUGCAAGAAAAUACAUACAUAAUAUUGUUGGCGACAACCUUCAUCGUUGUAAGGGUUUGCGAGGUGGACUGUAAUGAAAGGCAAAGAAAGAUCUCCGAUUAAAAAGCGCUCUCGGGUUUUGGAUGAUAUCCGAGACAGGGGAGGAGGCCAUCCGCCCAGCAAGAAAAUGGGGGCUAUCUCAGUUUCCAGUGGGAGCAAUAAUGGAAAUAGCUCGACUAAAAGUGACGCAGGAUCUACAAGAAGGAGUUUGUUGGGCGAAAAGAGAGACAGGGAUUUUGACGGGCAUGUUUCCAGUCGAUCCGGCGUGAGUAACCAUAGUUAUCCCGGUGCUGUUGCUAGCGCUAUCGGUAAGAACCACAACUUGGGCUUGACUCUCGAUUUAGCCACUGCAAGGACUAGUAAUUCUCGUGGCGAGCGUGCUCUGCCUCCCCCCAACAACAACAACGAAAGUGAGUACAAAACUCUUAAAAUCAGUGAAUUGGGAACUCAGUUGAGCGAUGAAGACAUCGAAGACGGACUUUUCCACGAAUUCAAAAAAUUUGGGGACGUGAGUGUCAAAAUAAGCCGCAGCAACGACGAGAGAAUCGCGUUUGUCAACUUCAGAAAGCCCGAGGAUGCCAGAGCAGCUAAACACGCCCGGGGUAGGUUAGUACUUUACGACCGUCCUCUGAAAAUCGACGCAGUGUACAUAAACAGACGGAGAAGUCGCUCUCCAGUUGAGAGAGUUGACAGAGACCCUUAUGUUGGAGCCCCAGGGCACAGACACCUUCACACCCAGAGACCCCUCUCCCCAUCAGGGCUUGGAUACAGAGACUACAGACUACAGCAGCUGGCACUUGGGCGCCUCCCUCCUCCCCCACUUCCCCCUUUGCCCAGAGACCUAGAACGGGAGAGGGAGUUUGCCCUGUUUGAAGCCAGGUCACGCCCAGGUCCUGCUUUCAUUGCAGAGAGAGCUGCUGCUUUCCGCGAGGAGGAUUUUAUCUCUCCCGAGGAUGACCAAAGAGCUAACAGAACGCUGUUUCUGGGUAACUUGGACAUUACAGUCACAGAGACGGACCUGAGGAGGGCGUUUGACAGGUUUGGGGUGAUAACGGAGGUGGAUAUAAAGCCCACACGGGGACAGACCAGCACAUACGGAUUUCUGAAGUUUGAGAACCUAGACAUGGCCCAUCGCGCCAAACUCACCAUGUCUGGGAAGAUAGUGGGCCGUAACCCCAUAAAGAUUGGCUAUGGUAAGGCCACCCCCACCACACGCCUAUGGGUGGGUGGGCUCGGACCCUGGGUCCCCCUAGCAGCAUUGGCCAGAGAGUUUGACCGCUUUGGUACAAUAAGGACCAUUGACUACAGAAAGGGGGACACCUGGGCUUAUAUACAGUACGAGAGCCUUGACGCUGCUCAGGCUGCGUGCACUCACAUGCGUGGCUUCCCUCUGGGGGGGCCCGAGAGGAGACUCAGGGUGGACUUUGCAGACACAGAGCACCACUACCAGCAGCAGUUCCUUCAGCCUCUUCCUCUACCCCCCUUCGACAUGGUGGCAGAGGCUUUCAUCCACCGAGCCACAGCUGAGCCGCUGAGGGACAGAGAAAGGACUCCACCGCCGCUCCACUUCAGAGAGAGAGAUCUGGGCUUCCCCGGGGUUGAGUGGCCCCCUAACCCGGCUAUGCGUGAACGAGUACGUCCCGGGGUCUUUGAGCUACCAGAUCACCUGCAGCGGGACCGGCGGCCGGGGGGGAGGGAGCCCUGGUCUCUGGAGCGUGAGCUGGUGGGGCGCGGCGGCGACCCGGGACGGAAACGACGCCUCAUGGACGACGGUCGCCAUCUUGAUGUCUCUCCUGACAGCACUGACCGCACGGCACGCCGGCGCAGAGGUGGCCCAUCCCCAGACGGUAGCCCCGACGGAGGCCGCUUCAGUGACUCAGAGCGCCCCCCUCGCGGCGACGACAGACCCUCCCCUGGACGAGACCGCCGCCCCAGUCUGGAGCGUCCUGGCGGAGGAGACAGGAGAUUGAAGAACCAGGGGAAUCUCGCUGAGAGAGGGGCCUCCAGCAGUGGCCUCACAUCUUCAACAGGGGAGCGGAAACGUAAAGCCGGCGACAGCAGAGGACCCGGAGCUAAGAGGGAUCGCUCCUCAGACCAGGGCGGCUCUAAAGGCAGUCAGUCAUCCAAGCUGAGCCUGGCCUGGCACGGCAUGCUCCUCCUGAAGAACAGCAACUUCCCCGCCAACAUGCACCUCCUGGAGGGUCACCAGGGCGUGGCCAAGGACCUCCUCGUCGACGGCCCCACGGGGAGACAGGUGGGCGAACUCAAGAUCACCCAGCGUCUCCGCCUCGACCAGCCCAAGCUGGACGAGGUCUCCAGACGCAUCAAAGCGGCCGGCCCCGGUGGCUACGCCGUCCUCCUGGCGGUUCCCGGUUCCGGUGGCGAGGAGGUGUCGUCGACGGACCCUGCAGCUUCCACCCAGCGUCCUCUCCGCAAUCUGGUGUCCUACCUGAAACAGAAGCAGGCAGCUGGAGUCAUCAGCCUGCCCGUUGGAGGCAGCCGGGAUAAGGACCACCAGGGUGUUCUCCAUGCGUUCCCUCCCUGUGAGUUCUCACAGCAGUUCAUUGAUGCCUCGGCUAAAGCUCUGGCCAAAACCGACGAGGACUAUCUGGUGAUGGUCGUGGUGCGAGGGCCAUCAUAACUACAAUCAGAGAGGAAGCAGGACAUCAGUGAUAUUGUACAAAAGAAAAAAAGAUGUCAGUAACUACUAUUGCAUGCUGUGUGUUGAGUUCAGCUCCAUGGGGUACUACUACUAGAGUAGGGGUAUGAUGGGGUACUACUAGAGUAGGGGUAUGAUGGGGUACUACUAGAGUAGGGGUAUGAUGGAGUACUACUAGAGUAGGGGUAUGAUGGGGUACUACUAUAGUAGGGGUGUGAUUGGGUACUACUAUAGAGUAGGGAUAUGAUGGGAUACUACUAGAUGGGGUACUACUAGAGUAGGGGUAUGAUGGGGUACUACUAGAUGGGGUACUACUAGAGUAGGGGUAUGAUGGGGUACUACUAGAUGGGGUACUACUAGAGUAGGGGUAUGAUGGGGGCGUAGGCUAUGUCACUAUUUGUUCCACCAAAAUAAAUAUGAAAUGCCCUCUUGAAAGUCAACAAAUGUGUAGGCAAAUUGUGCAACCCUGUUUUAUGAAAUAAUUGUGUGCUCAUUUCCAGACAGUAUUAUAAAAGGGGGACAUUCUAGAAAUACAAUCUAACUUGAAAUGAGGUAAAAUUAGCACCCGUUUUCAAUUAGGAAAACUUGAAUCAACCGCUGUGUGUGAGAAGGCUCCAUUCCAACAUUUGGUCCACUGUUAGUGUUCCAUUGAUCGUAUUAUAUACAGAUCCUUCAGAAAGUAUUCAAACACCUUGAUUAAUUCCACAUUUUCUUGUGUUACAGCCUGAAUUUAAAAUGGAUUUAAAAGAAGUUUGUCUCUCCCAUCUACACACAAUACCCGACAAAGUGAAAACAUGUUUUUAGAAAUUUUGCCAAAUUUAAUUUAAAAUUAAAUACAGAAUGAUCUCAUUUACAUGAGUAUUCACACCCCUGUAGUCAAUACUUUGUUUCUAAGUACCUUUAGCAGCAAUUACUGCUGUGAGUCUUUCUGGGGUCAGUCUCUAAGAACUUUCCACUCCAUUUAUUAUGCUUCCAUCUUUUUCUCGCCGUCAGUUAGGUUAGUAACUACUACGCUGUUGAUCCACCCUCUGUCAUUAAAACAUCAUGUUAAACACUAUUAUUGCACACA